AAACUCAGUCCAUCUGUCAAAAAAGUGCAUUUAUCGAGAAGGCGGAAGGCAAAUGUUUUCGCCGAACAUUUUCCCAAUUUAGCUGAAUUAUUCGCAAGUCGUUCCAUCAAAUUAAUCGGGAAACAUCUACCGAAGGAUGGCCACAAUGGAGGAGCAGUCGAGUUCGGAAACGGUGUGCCGCGUGUGUUUGGAUAAUCGGCCCGAAAUGUUUUCGAUUUUUUCCGCCAUCGAAGGAGGAACCAUCAUUGCGAGCGUCAUCACGGAAAGCACCGCCGUUCAGGUUGAGGAAGACGACGGCCUGCCCGAAUUGAUCUGCUCCGAGUGCACGGAGGAAGUGAAAUUUGUCGCAAGCUUCAUGAACAAAGCCCGGCAAUCGGAUCACACGUUGAGGGAUGUAUUUAAGGCCGAAGUGAAACAGGAAGAAGACGAACAGCUGUAUAAGCUAGAAAUUUCUGUUCUGGACCAACCGAAAACGAUCAUAACCAAAGUGGAAAUCGAAGACGACUAUGAUGUGUACGAAGUCGAAGAUCAAGAGGAAACGGCCGGGUCAGAAUCUCCGCCAAGGUAUUACGAAGGUCAUGAGAGUGACUUUGGGGUUGAGCAUGAAAGCGACUCGGAUGAAGAUUACGAUCCGGAGGAAACUAGGGAUCGAAAGAGCCUUAAAACUGAGUUGAGCUUCGUUGAUGCGAACGAUUUGCCCAGCAGUGACUCGGACGAAGAAACUAAGCCGAAACGAAAGAAACGUUAUACAAAAGCUGCCAAAUCAGAAGGUAUUGAAAUGGACGAGAUCGAAGAGAAGAUUUUCGAAGUAGUCGAAGUCGGAAGUCAACGUUUAUGCUGUACCUGUUUUAAAAUGUUCGAUGAUGAAGAGGAGCUCAUAGAACAUGGCAAGGAGGUACAUAAAGGCAGAAGAACCUCCAAUCCCGACAAAAAGCACGUCUGCAAACUCUGCUUCAGAAGAUACUCCUCGAAAGUGGCUUUGCAUGCACAUUCCAAGAAAGCUGCCUCAAUAACUCGAGUCUUCGACUGUCAGCUUUGCCAUGCAAGGUUUGCAUCUCCACAAAAGCGCCAACAGCAUGCCCAUAAACACCCUCCUGUGGAUUCUAAGUCUGCAAUCUACAUCGCUCCUCUUCCGGCUGAUGCUCUGGACAUGGGCAAAAUUUGCUGCGCCCAAGGCUGCAAUCAAGUGUUCGAUACGGAUGAAGACCUUCUGGCACAUUCUGAACUUGAACACGUGGCGAACAAAGUGCAAGCUGAGCUAAACCCCGACAACCGACGACCCGUCCAGUGCAAGGUUUGCUACCGUCGGUUCAUGGACGAGAAAGGCCUAAAACAGCAUCAGCAGCGAAUCUACAUGCCCAAGCGACACGUCUGUUCAAUUUGUGGCCUCAAGUUUGCUAUGGUCGGCGAAUGCAAGCGCCACGAAAUAGACCACUUUGUCGUGGAAAAGAAGUUCAAAUGUGACCAAUGCCCCAAAGCGUACAUCCACAGCGAUCAGCUGAAAGCGCACAUCAAACGUCACUCGGCUACCCGGGAGUUCAUGUGCAACAUUUGUGGCCAGUCGUAUAUGCAGCGGCACAGUCUGCAGGCGCACAUGUUGAAGCACGAGGGCAAACUGCCCUUCGAGUGUGACAUCUGCAAGAAAGCCUUCCGGGUGAAAGCGAAACUGAUGUACCACAAGCGGGUUCAUUCCGGCGAGCGGCCAUUCCCUUGUCGGUAUUGCGAGCAGGCAUUCGCCGACAGUACCAACCGGCUGAGACACGAAAUGUCCCACACGGGUGUUAAGCCAUACAAAUGCGAAUACUGCGAGAAGACAUUCAUCACCAAGCGGUUGAGGAGAGAUCAUGAGAGAACACACACCAACAGUUCACGUCGAGGUCAGACUUCCUACCAAAUGCCAGAAACUAGCAUUAUGAUAGAGUAAUAACUUUGAUAUUGUGUUUUGAAUAAUUCGUUUUACAAAAUAAUAAAAGUGUAAAGUAUGUGAA